AUGUCAACAUGAGCAAAUUUAGGUUCACAAGAUAGUUCUUCUCCUUUAAUAGAACAAUUAAUCUUUUUCCAUGAUCACGCACUUUUAAUUUUAGUAAUAAUUACUGUACUUGUAGGAUACUUAAUGUUUAUAUUAUUUUUUAACAAAUAUGUAAAUCGAUAUUUAUUACACGGACAAACUAUUGAAAUUAUUUGAACAAUUUUACCUGCAAUUAUUUUAUUAUUUAUUGCUUUCCCUUCUCUUCGACUUUUAUAUUUACUUGAUGAAAUUAAUGAACCUUCAAUUACUUUAAAGGCAAUUGGUCAUCAGUGAUAUUGAAGUUAUGAAUAUUCAGAUUUUGCAAAUAUUGAAUUUGAUUCAUAUAUAAUUCCUACUAACGAAUUAUCAAUUGAUAGCUUUCGUUUAUUAGAUGUAGAUAAUCGAGUAGUUUUACCAAUAAAUUCUCAAGUUCGAAUUUUAGUAACUGCCGCUGAUGUAAUUCAUUCUUGAACUAUCCCAGCACUAGGAGUAAAGGUAGAUGGAACUCCUGGUCGACUAAAUCAAACAAAUUUUUUAAUUAACCGACCAGGUUUAUUUUACGGACAAUGUUCAGAAAUUUGUGGAGCUAAUCAUAGUUUUAUACCAAUUGUAAUUGAAAGAAUUCCAGUAAAUUACUUUAUUAAGUGAAUUUCUAAUAAUAUAAAUUCUU